CUAAAAUCAAUUUUGGCUAAAAAUCUCAAAUUGGAUUUCGCCAAAAUUUCUCAAGUCCGCUCCCUCCACCCCAAGACUCAAAAGGAGCUAUGUAUGGAGAGUAUUGGAGAUUUAGAAGUAAAAGAUUUUGGCGAUACUUGGAGACGAAAAUCGCUGAGGCUUUUGCUGCUGCUGAGGCUUUUGCUGCUGCUGAGAUUCACAAAGCUUGUUUUCUACAAAUUCAAGAAAAAGACAGAGAAAUUCCAGUCAAGAAAUGCUUCUGCCUGAUUUUUUCGGAGCAACAAGAAGAACAAAUGGGAGGUGCGGCGAUGCCUCAACCACCUCAAAACUGGCCACAAAAUGAAGGACAAGCUAUCCAAUCUGGUAAAUCAAGAAAUGAUUCACAUGAAACAGAAAAUACCCUAGGAAAAUACUGAUACAGCUGAGGAUAUGAGACGUAUGUUGAUGAUAUCGGUUGGAUCUAAAUGGAAAGAAUGGAAGCAUGAAGCAAAAAUAAUUGGUUAUGAGCCAUACAACAACGAUAUCGAGCGCUUAGCUAAACGUCCAGACAGGGUAGAAGAAGACCAGUGGCUUGCAUUAGUUCAUUAUUGGAGCUCUAAUGAAGCAAAGCAUUCUUGAAGGAAGUGAUGUCAAUUACUGGCAGUGAAAAGCUUGACUUGUGGAGAGUUGGUUUUAUAAGAUUUAGUCUAGAAGUUGAGGAAAAUUAAUUCGAAUUAGGAGUGAUCUUAAAGUACUUACACAUUGAAAUUACUAUCUUUUAUGAUUUAGUUAGAUUUGAAUUUUACGUGAGAAUAAAUCAUUUGAUUUGACAUUAUCUAUCUUGUACUAA